UUGUUUUUAGUCUACACUAAACCCGACCGAGCAACGGACGUGAGAGAUCUCAUACGACGACGAACCCAGAAAGUCGUCUCGCGUCGGCAAAACUGAACGUAACGAAAUCUCAGUCUCAGACUUAACGAGGCGCAGAGCAGAACCAGAGCCAAUUUGAAUUUGAUUUUGAUUUUGAGCAUAAGAAUCUGGAACAUAUAAUGACAUUGCUGUUGUUCAUUGUAGUUGUUGGGUAAAACUGGUAGCGGCAGCAGCAGGCAGCUGUGCAAAAAUGGUGAAGAUCGUUGAUGGUCUCCCCGAGAUCAGCGCCCACAAUCAUCACCACCAUACGCCCACGCUUGCGCAUCACCAUCCGCUCUCGCAUCCGCUGCAUCACUCGCAUCCGCAUCCGCAUCCCGUCGGUAUUAAUCUCACGAAUCUGAUGAAAAUGGCCAGAACGCCGCAUCUCAAGUCCAGCUUUUCGAUCAAUGCCAUACUGCCCGAGACCCUGGAGCAUCACGACGACGAUGAGGAGGACAAGACCGAGGAGAGCCUCCAUCAGUCGAAGUUUCUGCCCAACCACAAUAACAAUAAUCCCGUGGCCACGCAUUGGGGCAACGACGAGCACGAUCCGGAGAGCGAUGUGGAGUCGGAUCUGGAUGUCACGUCGAUGUCCCCGGCCCCGGCUGUCACCAACAACGAGAGCGAUGUGGAUGAGGUGGACGACUGCGACGACGUCGACGAAGAUGUGGACUGUGAUGCCGAUGCCGAUGGCGAUGGUGACGGUGAAACCACCGACGGGGAUGCGGAGACCAAGUCCAGCGAUGGCAAACCCGUGAAAGAUAAGAAGGGCAACGAGAAGCCCCCCUACAGCUACAAUGCCCUCAUCAUGAUGGCCAUUCGCCAGAGCCAGGAGAAGCGGCUGACCCUCAACGGGAUCUACGAGUACAUCAUGACCAACCAUCCCUACUACCGGGACAACAAGCAGGGCUGGCAGAACUCCAUCCGCCACAAUCUCAGCCUCAACAAGUGCUUCGUGAAGGUGCCCCGGCACUACGAUGAUCCCGGCAAGGGCAACUACUGGAUGCUCGAUCCGUCGGCGGAGGAUGUCUUCAUUGGCGGAUCCACUGGGAAGCUGCGGAGGCGCACCACAGCCGCGUCCCGCUCCCGCCUGGCCGCCUUCAAGCGAUCGCUGAUUGGACCCAUGUUCCCAAGUCUGGCGGCCUAUCCCCAAUUCGGACAGUUCCUCACGUAUCCCCCAUCGGCGCCCAGUCUGCUGGCCAGCAUGUACCAGCGCUACAAUCCCUUUGCGCCAAAGAGCGGACCCGGCGGACUGCCCGGCAUGCCGCCGCCUCCGCCAGGACCUGGCCCGGGCCAGGGAUUGCCACCGCCUCCUUUCGGGGUGCCGCCGACAGGCAACGAGCUCUAUCAGCGCCUCCAGUACCAACAGCUGUUGCAUCAACAUGCGGCAGCCGCCGCUCUGGCGGCACAUCAAAGACAGCUCUCAGCGGCGGCGGCGGCGACGGCACCGCAGCCACAUAUGACACAUCUGGGGCAGCCGCCCUCGUCGCCCAGCCACCUCCAUGGCAGCGGCGGCGGAGGAGGAGGCGGCGGCGACUCACCAGGUCCCUCACCACAGCCGCUGAUCAAUCCGGUCACCGUUGUCUCGCGCAAUAGCUGAAGGAGCGAGCGGGUUGCGGUAGGUGGGCGGCUCACCAUAUCACCUUCUCUCGGCAGAUGGAUGGAGUCUUGAGUUGGUAUAGCUUAAGUAUUGAUUGUACAUAGAAAUAGCCGCGACUGAGGCGCUAGACGCUUGUAUAUAGAGAAACCAGGAUGGGUACAGUAGGAAUUCGGUUGAAUCGAAUAUGGCAUAACCGUUGCAGAGUUGAAG